UAGAUAUCAUCUUAGUAUCUUACCUUUCAUGUUACAGUUCUGUCAUAACAAAUUUUGGACACCCACAAAACAAAUCACUUCUAAGCUGAAAAGAAGAUUCUCAAAAGGUCUGAUCUUUGUAAGAGAACAGAUGCAAAUCAAUCUGUGAAGUUCAAUUAGGGAUUUUUCAGUUGAGAUUUAUCGUGGCAGUUUGCGGGGUUUAGGCGGUAAUUACUACUGGUGGAUGCAUGUCAAUUGGCUUCAAAGUUAAUAUUUUUGCAAGUUGAGUUACUAUUUACAAUUUUGAUCCAGAAGUGUGUUAAGUUGGGUGAAACAUGGGUUAUAUGUGUGAUUUUUGCGGGGAAGAAAGAUCAAUGGUGUACUGUCAAUCUGAUGCAGCCUGCCUAUGCUUAUCAUGUGACCGUACUGUUCAUUCAGCCAAUCCGCUUUCACGACGACAUCCAAGGACACUUAUAUGUGAAAGGUGCAACUUGCAACCUGCAUUUGUUAGAUGUGUAGAGGAAAGCUCAUCGCUUUGUCAAAAUUGCGAUUGGGUUGCCCAUGUUAAUGCUUCUGGACAUAAGAGGGAAGCAGUUAAAUGCUACUCAGGCUGCCCUUCGGCUAAUGAACUUUCAAAUAUCUGGUCAUUUCUCUUGGAUCUUCCUUCAGCUCUUGCAUCUACUUGUGAGCAAGGAUUGAGUUCAAUGAGCAUCGCUGAUGACAGCCUCACCAAUGCUAACGCCCCUGCAAGAAGCAAUAAAGAUAAAGGUUUAUCUAUCAGUGUGACUGAUCUCCAGAAUGUAAAUAGCUCAAAAGAUUGGAAGUCACCCUCAACGCCUCAACUUGACGAAAAAUUUGUACAUCAGCAGAGCGUAUUCACAAAACCGACAUCAUCAAAGAGUGGAGCGGACGAGCUUGAACUAUAUGAAGAUGACUUCCAUGAGGACUUUAAUAUGGAUGAACUUGAUUCGAAUAUUGAGAGAUGUGAAGAACUAUUUGGUGUGGGUAACAAUGAUCCGCAGCAAUUUUUUGAUAACAGCGGGAUUGAUGGCUUGUUUGAGAUGAAAGGAAUGACCGGUGCCAAUACCAUCUCCCCGAGCGCUUAUGUUGCCGAGGGCUCAUUGAUUGGUCUGGAAAAUGUAAUGAAGCCUACAGGCAGCAAUGCAUCAUGUGCUGAUUUCAUGAUGAGCUGCAAAACCAACCCAAGUGGUUGCUUUGGAAGGCAACUCUCCAAUAUCUCUUUUUCUGGUGUCGCUGGAGAGAACAUUAAUGCUAGUGAUGAUCAAAUUGCUGAUGCCUCUGCAAUGCUUCUCAUGGGAGAGCCACCACCAUGGUGCUCCCAGGGUUCUGAAAGUUCCUUAACCUCUGAUACGAGGAAUAGUGCUGUACAGCGUUACAAGGAAAAGAAGAAAACGCGCAAAUUUGAUAAGAGAGUAAGGUAUGAAACACGCAAGGCAAGGGCAGAUGUAAGAAAGCGUGUGAAGGGGCGGUUUAUUAAGGCUGGCGAUGCUUUCGAUUAUGACCCUAUGACCAAAACUUGAAGCUUCAAAAAUACUGUACCGUAUGUAUGCAUAUGAAGAAUAUCUGAUAGGUUAUAAAAUGGAAGAUCACUUGGAAUUUCUUUGCUUAUGUGGAAAUUCAUAAAAAGGUGGACUUGAAAGUUUAAACGCAAACUCUGCUUCUGAAAUUCAAGAAGGAAGCCUCAUGAAGCCCGCACAAGAGGAAAAAUGAUCUUGCCACAGAGAAGGAUCGCGAAGUCAUUGAAACGUCACUGGGCAUACAACUUCGUUUCUUUUCUUUACUACAUAAAAUAUAAAACAUUGUAUGCAAAUUUCUAUUGAGUCUAUAAUUUUACCCAAGGGCAAUGACCUGUCAAUAGAACCCUGAACUCCCAGCUCGGAUGAACCCGCGUGGCCUUGUUCGAAGCAUAACCCAUUUCAGUAUCAGGCUUGAAGAAUCUUCUCCUUGUUGCAAAAAGUAACCAAAUUUUGCACCUAUUAUACAGGGGUACUGAACUGCUGAAUGUAAGUUCUUGUUAUUCUUGUAUGUGAAGAACAACUGAUCUGUUUCAUGCUUAUGCAUGUGCAAUUCUUCUAAUCUUGCUAGUCAUAUAAAAAUAUAUCAGUUUCUCCUUU